AUGUUCCCCCGCCCCCGUUCUCCCCAGGACCACAACCAGACACACCUCCUCGAUGACCCCCCUCUGCGGCCCAUCCCGAACUCCAUCCGCACCACUUCAACCCGGGCCUCGGCCAGCCUGAAGACUUGCAAGUUUGUCGGCGAGCUCGGCACCUCGGUGGCCACCGGCUCCUCCGACGGGACCAUCGGCCUUUGGCACACGGACACCCUCCGACCCAUUGCCCAGCUAACCGGCCACACUUCGCGUGUGUGGGACCUCUGCUCGACGCGCGACGGCGUGGCCCUGGCCUCAUGCUCCAGCGACGGCACGGUCAAGACCUAA